ACCAGGGUCUGUUUCGUGGAAGGAAGCAGAGGUGGAGUGUCUUGAGAUCAUUAACACCUAACGAGUAGGAAAACUUCGCGGGACAAAACGUAUUGUAACAUAGUCGAGUCGGGAACUGGAUACUUUGUUUUCGGACACAUUGUCUGUCUACUGGUGGGUCGAAAAAAGUGGAUGUUAAUUCGACGGGUGGGAUAUCCAGCAGAUCGGGAUCUUUUUAGGCUGUUCCGUUACCGCCCGAGAGAACGGAGAAACAGGAAACUUUCUUCCAUACAUCACAGGAUCCUGCUGAAGUUUAAUUCUUUUAAUGGAUUCGGUCGAACUGGCACUUUACAGGAAAUAUACAACACCUGACAAGUAUCUAAUACCAGAACUGUGAAAUCAAUUUAGCGCAAUAUAAACAAUGUGUUAUUGAUCUAUUUUAUGUGUGAAAAUUGAUUUUUAAUGUGUAGGUGAGAACAUCAAUAACAAAAUAUUUCUUUAGUGUAAUCGAUCGACCGUAAUUUAUCUAAUAUAGGGCUAUAUCGGUGUAUAUACCAAUACGACAUAUUGGUGUAUAUUUUUAUUCGAUUUUUGGGUUAGUAUACAGUUUAUUAAAGUGCCUUCGGCGAAACGGGGGACGUGUCCAGUCUUGUGAAAUUCUUUCCACCGAAGCAGGAGCUUUUCUGAGCAGAGGUGCCCCCAAGCUUGCAGAGAAGCACCAAUGUCUUUGGCGGAGCAGAGUCAGCAGUGGUACCCCACAAGCGUGAAGGUGACGGUGCUACAGGCAAGGGAUCUGAGGCUCAAGGGCAAGAAUGGCACCAACGACGCAUACGCCAUCAUGCAGGUGGCCAAGGACAAAUUCUCCACGUCCGUGGCCGAGAAGAGCGUGACACCCAUGUGGAAGGAGGAGGCCACCUUCGACCUGCCGCUCUUCCAGCAGGGAAGCGCCGAUCGCAGCACGCUGUACGUGCAGGUGAUGCACCGUGCUCUCAUGGGCAUGGACAAGAUGCUGGGACAAGCCAUCAUCGACCUGGUGCAGCUGCAAGCGAACAAAUCCCGCAACAAAACCGACUGGUACAAGCUCCUGAACAAGUCAGGCAAGCAGGACAAGGAGCGCGGUGAAGUUCAGCUGGACAUCCAGUUCCUGAGGAGCAACAUGACGGCCAGCAUGUAUGACCUGUCAGCACAGGACAAGCCUCGCUCGCGCAUGGGCAAGCUCAAGGACAAGCUACGGGGCAAGCACAGGGAGGGGCACUCCGACUCCAUCUCUGCCAUCGUGCCGUCGGUCAGCCAGGGCCUGACGGACAGCGAGGGAGAGGAGAGCAAUGAGGGUGAUGCCAAAGCCGGAACCCAGAAGUCAUCGCUGUCACUCCUGACCCCCAAGACGAAUCUUCAGCGCAAUAUAUCCCAGUCGAUGUCUCAGCUGGGCUCUGGCUCCGAGUGGGACACCACCAGCAAGGACCAUCAGGACCCUAGUGAUGGUAAGAAGAUAUUUGGGUUCCUGACCCACAAGCGUUCAGGGAGCUCCGACAGCAAAGUGAGCCACGGCCCCCUCUCGCUGCUGGGGCAACAUAAACAGGCCCCUGCAGAGCAAGUCACCAUCUGCAUCAACGGAAGCCACGUGUACAAUGAGGAGCCCCAGGCCAAGCCGAGUCACACGGGGUCAGCCCUCAGUCUCUCCGGCUCUCCACGUGGUUCUACUGAGAAUCUGCACCGAGUUGGAAAGGGAGAUGAUACUGGCAGCUCUGCAGACAUAUUCAAGGGCUUUGAGAAGAUGAAGCCAGAGAAGGUGGAGCAAGAAAGGAAGAAGCAGGAGGAACAGGAGAGGGAGGGGAAGAGGCAGGAAGAGCAAGAGAAAGAGAGGAAGAAGCAGGAGGAGCGGGAGAGGGAGAGAAAGAGGCAGGAGGAGCAGGAAAGGGAGAGGAAGAGGCAGGAGGAGCAGGAAAGGGAGAGGAAGAGACAGGAGGAACUGGAGAGAGAAAGGAAGAAGCAGGAGGAGCAGGAAAGGGAGAAGAAGAGGCAGGAAGAACUGGAGAAAAAGAAGGUAGAGGAACGGGAGAGGGAAAGAAAAAGGCAGGAAGAACAAGAAAGGGAGAGGAAGAGGCUGGAGGAGCAGGAGAGGGAGAAGAAGAGGCAGGAGGAACUGGAGAAAAAGAAGGUAGAGGAACGGGAGAGGGAAAGAAAAAAGCAGGAAGAGCAAGAGAGGAAGAGGCUGGAGGAGCAGGAGAGGGAGAGGAAGAGGCAGGAAGAACUGGAUAAAAAGAAGGUAGAGGAACGGGAGAGGGAAAGAAAAAAGCAGGAAGAGCAAGAGAGGGAGAGGAACAGGCUGGAGGAGCAGGAGAGGGAGAGGAAGAGGCAGGAAGAACUGGAUAAAAAGAAGGUAGAGGAUCAGGAAAGGGAAAGAAAAAAGCAGGAAGAGCACGAGAAGGAGAGGAAGAUGCAGGAGGAUCAGGAGAGGGAGAGGAAGCGACAGGAAGAACAAGAGAAGGAGAGGAAGAGGCAGGAAGAACAAGGAAAAAGGAAUCAGGAGAAAAUAAGUCAAGAGGUGAACACAAAGGUAGAACAGAGACCAGGUAAAGAAACUCAGGAGGUGUACAGCUCAAACCCCUUUGAUGACACAAACAGCUCCAGCCCUUUUGAAGAAAGCAUCCUAGACGAGCCCAAUGUAAUCUCCAGUGGCCGACCCAGCCGCUUGACCAGAGUGUCUGCUGUCAAGCCCAGUUCCACCUCUUAUUCAGUACCUGCCCCAUCUGCCAAAUUAUUCAAAGGCGGUCAGGGUCUCACAAAACCAAAUCAGGAGCUUCCAGGUCAACUUGGUGGCAUUCCUGUGGAGUCCUUGGUCCAGCCCAAAAAGAAGUGUCAGGCCCCACUCCCCCCUGGACGCCUGGAUCUGGCCCGGACUGAGAACCCCAUCACAGCCUCUGUCACUGCACCUCUUUCCAGUCCUGGUCAGGGAAACACGUCUUCACUGGCUCCUGGCAGCUCUGCUGUCAGCAUGGAGACAGGCAUGGCUUGUUCAUGGGCAGGCAAGCGUCCUGCUCCUCAGCCCCCAAGCAGAGCUCCUCUGGCACCACAGACCCAACCAGUGGAAGAGUCCUCAGAAACUGGGCCCUGCACUUCUGUGGACAGACGGCCUGACAGUCAGAAUGAAGACACUAUACUUGAGUAUGGAACAAGUGUUACAGAGACAGCAGCUCUCUACAGGAAGGAAACAGACUCAACACAGACACACGUUGCAUGCUGUCUUCCCGGGGCGCUUACUGAUGAUGUCAGAAAGAAAGUACCCAAUGCUGCUGAGGGUAGUACCAUUGUAGGUAGAGAGGAUGGUCUUCUUCAAGCAGAGACUCUAACAGCAGAAGAGGGCAAAGCAUCUACAACCAAGGCGAAGUUGAUGGACCCCGAACCCAAAGGCUGUGUGAACCAACCAGAGGAGAAUGUUGGCAACAAGGUCCUGCCUGGAUAUGGGAGGAGAGAUGAAGAGGAUUUGCCUGACAAAGUGCAACGCAGUUGUUCAUCUUUUGACCACUGCACAUGCUCGCAAAGUGCAGCUGAUGAUGUGAAAAAGCCUUGUGUGCCAAUGAACAGAAGUGCCACUGAUUACCGUGUGAGUGUCCCGUCAUGGAAGAAAAAGCAUGCACCUGCACCACCAGCGACACACCCGAGCAUGAGGGAGGCAAGCGGAGACACGCCUGAAUGGGAUGCAGACAGCAUGGAAAACUUGUCAGGCGUAGAUGUGACACCCAAAGUUGCACAAAUGAACAAGCAAGAGUUGGACAAGAAACAAGCUCCAUCUCAAAGCAGCAAAGGGCAGUGGGCUUCAGGCUCCUUUAAGUCAACAUCUUCCCCCACAACUGCUAACUUUGUUUCUCAUGAGAGCUCUGGGCCUGCUAGCACCACCUCUGGUAGGAGGUCUGCACUGCAGGCUAGUGUUCUGUCCUGUGAGCCGCACAUGAUUAAAGCACAGAAAAUAGAUGGAGGUGGUGGGACUAGGGAAAAAGAGGGAGGGCCAGUCUCACCUCUACACAGACGGCACCCGGUGAAGCCCCUGAGGACUGCAGAGAUCCAGUCUGUCACCAGUGCUGCCGUUGCCCCAGUUGGGCACGAUGUGGGGGUGCAGGCUGCAAUAUCAGAAAAAUCAAAGGAGCCCGAGGCUAAGGAGGAGGGGCCUUAUUCCCAGCUCACCCGGUCAGAGCUCAUCGCCCUGCUGGUCAAGCAGCAAGCCCAGCUGGCUGAUCAGAGCAAAAAGAUCCGCACCCUGGAGGAGUACAUCGACAACCUGCUGGUGCGCGUCAUGGAGGAGAACCCCAGCAUCUUGAUGGACCUGAGCGGCUCCAAGAAAGCCGUCUAAGCCCCCUUCUGAGGGACCGGGUGCUGCUGUGUCAUAGAGGCCCCCCCCCCUUAGCUGGGAGCCCAAGCCCAGAUGCUGCUCCUCAGUACUGCAGACAUCUGUCAUGAUUCGCCUUUUUCGGGAUGGUGGUGGAGGACAAAAGUGAUUAAAGGCUUUAAAUUUUUAAAUAUGGAAUGUCUCACGCAAGAAGAAGGUCAAAUCAAUCAAGCCUAAUUUAAGAUUCAUAAUGCAUAUUGAACAACAGGACAGUGCAACCUGUGUUGAUUCCUGUCAUCCAGAAAUGGGCGACAUUUGUAGUGCAAUUAAUGUGCAUGUAAACCUAGAGGUUUGCAUGCAGUGUAAGUGCUGUCCCUCCUCUGCAAAUCUGUAAGCGAUACCGCAUGAUUUUCAAAAAGUGCACUACAGUUUUUUGCUUGUGAUUUGCUCACUAGAAAACGGCAAAUGUUUUGAAAAAAAAAAUACCUACAGAGAAAGAUUCUGAUGUGUAUAUAUAGAGCAUAUUUGUAUAAGUCCUUGGAAAUCUGCACUUUAUGUCUGAUUGCUGAACUGGCUUAAUAUCUUAAUAUUACAUUUGUAAGAAAGUGCCUUACCUGUUUUUCAUAUGGAACUUGACAAGUUAGGACACUUUCAUCACUGUAAAGUCAGUUUUCCCCUUUUUGGAGAAUAUUGAACCAGAUCAUUAUUGGGUCUAUAAUGUUCCAGUCUGGUGGUGGUUUCACAGUUUGUUGGCCAUCAGCAUUACAGCCUUAAUUGGCUCGAUGUCAGUCUGUUAAAAUGUCUCAUUUUGUCACUGUGAUGACAGGCAAACCGGGAUCGGAGAGGUGGCAAUUUUGACAGCAGCAUACCCCUGUGAAAAGGUCACACGUCAUGAUCAUGUGAAAGUCUAAAGCAAAUGAAAAUAAAGACAGUGAACUUAA